AUGGCGAUGAAAAUUCUAACGCCGUUGGCUGUAUUUGUGACAGCUGUCUCAGCCCAAUUCGAGGUUCCAAUGGUUCGCAGUGUUGACAACUCAACAAUUUUCCCCGUCGCUGUUCAAAAUCACAUUUUGGCUACACUCAAUGGGCUUCGAGCGCGAGUGGCAAGAGGAGUGGAACCGUGGGCAAGAAAACCGAAAGGCACCUUUUAUCCAAAAGCGGCCAGAAUGUACAAGCUGCUCUGGGAUCCAGUGUUGGCUAGAGAUGCUCGCACACGACUGGACACACUCGAGUUUUUGAGGGAUCCAAACCCAGAGGGGAUUAGAGUCGGCACGUUGGAUGGAUUGGUACCAAUCAGUACCGACUGCUGCACUGGCGAGCUUUUCAUCGGCACCAUUCGUGGGACUACUCAGAACCAUAAAAAAAGUGCUCAACAAUACUUUGACGAUACGUGGACGAAAGACUGGUAUGGAAGGAUGAAACUAGAAGGUGUUAUUGGUGGUUUGAUCUAUCAACGUUAUCCGCACGUCAUUCACGGAUAUUUCUCUGAAUGGACCAGUGCCGACGCGAGGAAUCACAUUCAACAGAUCAUUUCGGGCGACACACAGAAAAUCGGCUGCGCCUACAGAAAUAUGACCGACUUGCAAACCUAUGCGAUCCUUUGCCGGCUCGUGCAAAAGGGAGUAUCUGCGGAGAUUCCAAUUUACGCAACUGGUGGUGCCAUUGGUUCAAAAUGUCCCUUAAAUGCUCCAGUCAAUCCAGCCAGUGGACUCUGCGUUCCAAAAGUGGCAGCUGGA